GUGCUUUCCUGCCUGGCCGAUCGGCGAUGGAUAGCUAGCACCCCUGACAGAUGUGCUUUGGGUUUGAGGGGAUUCGUUACAACACCCACGUAUAAGUGGAGGCUUAUCACUUGAUUCUCGCGUUGGAUGGCACAUUACUUCAGCAGGAAAUACAAAUAGUAUGCCUACUACUGAUGGAUUUCUAAUUUGACGUAAUACCAAAACAGUAUCGAGAGGAGAGGGCGUUAUCGUGCAAGAUGGACACGGCUGAGGAAGCGGAUAUAUGCCGGGUGUGUCGUUCCGAAGGAACUCCUGACAAACCCCUGUACCAUCCUUGCGUCUGCACCGGCAGUAUUAAGUUCAUUCACCAGGAAUGCUUGGUCCAGUGGUUGAAACACAGCAGGAAAGAAUACUGUGAAUUAUGCAAGCACAGAUUUGCUUUCACGCCAAUCUACUCUCCAGACAUGCCCUCUCGGCUGCCUGUGCAGGACAUCUUUGCAGGACUGGUCACCAGUGUUGGCACAGCUAUACGCUACUGGUUUCAUUACACACUUGUCGCUUUCGCUUGGCUGGGAGUUGUGCCCCUCACAGCAUGUCGAAUAUACAAGUGUCUGUUUACAGGCUCCGUGAGCUCCCUCCUCACCCUUCCACUGGAUAUGCUGUCCACGGAGAACCUGCUGGCGGACUGCUUGCAGGGCUGCUUUGUGGUGACGUGCACCCUGUGCGCCUUCAUCAGCCUGGUGUGGCUGAGGGAGCAGAUCAUCCACGGCGGCGCCCCCCAGUGGCUGGAACAGAACCUGCAGGCUGCAGGCAACAUGGCCGCACAGGCCAAUGUGGCUCCAGCAGCAGCAGCAGCAGCAGCAGCAGCAGCAGCAGCCCAGGCGGGGGGAGACCCCGGUCCACAGGCAGAGGCGGCCCCUGCAGAGCAUCCCCCGGAGGAAGAGGAGGACGAGGAGGAUGAAGAUCGAGUGGCGGCCGGCGAUGCUGAACCACCGGAGGAGGCAGCCGAUGACCUGGAGGCGGACAAUGAGGAGGAGGAGGAGGAAGAGGAGGAGGCCGGUGCUGAGGAUGCGGAGGCCAACAACGGAGGACAAGAUGAUAUGAACUGGAAUGCGCUGGAGUGGGAUCGGGCAGCAGAGGAGCUGACCUGGGAGAGGAUGCUUGGGCUGGAUGGGUCCCUGGUGUUUCUGGAACAUGUCUUUUGGGUGGUGUCAUUGAACACACUCUUCAUACUGGUUUUCGCCUUUUGCCCGUAUCACAUCGGGCACUUCUCUGUGGUGGGCCUGGGCUUCGAGGAAUAUGUCCAGGCCUCCCACUUUGAGGGUCUUAUAACCACCAUUGUUGGCUACAUCCUGCUGGCCAUGACCUUAAUUUUGUGCCAUGGUCUGGCAGCACUGGUGAGAUUUCAAAGGUCUCGUCGUCUCCUGGGGGUGUGCUACAUAGUAGUGAAGGUGUCGUUGCUAGUUGUUGUAGAAAUUGGUGUUUUCCCCCUGAUCUGUGGUUGGUGGCUGGACAUCUGCUCGUUGGAGAUGUUUGACGCCUCCCUGAAGGACAGAGAGGUGAGCUUCAAGUCUGCUCCGGGCACCACCAUGUUCCUGCACUGGCUGGUGGGCAUGGUCUACGUCUUCUACUUCGCCUCCUUCAUCCUGCUGCUCCGAGAGGUAUUGCGACCUGGCGUCUUGUGGUUUCUGCGAAACUUGAACGAUCCCGACUUCAAUCCAGUCCAGGAGAUGAUUCACUUGCCCAUCUAUAGGCAUCUCAGGAGAUUUAUCCUUUCUGUGGUGGUGUUUGGUUCUAUAGUUCUACUUAUGCUGUGGCUGCCUAUCAGGAUGAUCAAGCUCAUUCUGCCAAGCUUUCUACCCUACAACGUCAUGCUGUACAGUGACGCCCCGGUCAGUGAGCUGUCCCUGGAGCUGCUGCUGCUGCAGGUGGUGCUGCCCGCUCUGCUGGAACAGGGGCACACGCGCCAGUGGCUCAAGGGCCUGGUCCGCGCAUGGACCGUCACCGCUGGAUACCUGCUAGACCUCCACUCAUACCUGCUGGGGGACCAGGAGGAGAACGAGGCCAACCAGCCGGCCAACAACAACAACAACCAGCCGCCCCGCAACAACAACAACAACAACCUGAACGCCGCGCUGCCCCCUGUGGUGGGAGAGGGCCUCCACGCCGCCCACCAGGCCAUCCUGCACCAGGGGGGGCCCGUCGGCUUCCAGCCCUACCACCGGCCCAUGCGCUUCCCCUUCAGGAUUGGCCUGCUGAUUGCAUUAAUGUGCGUGACGCUGCUCGUGGCCAGCCUGGUCUGCCUUACAUUACCAGUCUUCGCCGGUCGCUAUCUGAUGUCCUUCUGGACGGGCAGCUCUAAGAUCCAUGAGCUGUACACGGCGGCGUGCGGCCUGUACGUGUGCUGGCUCUCCAUCCGGGGCAUCACGCUACUGCUGGCCUGGAUGCCUCAGGGACGCACGGUCAUCAUGCUCAAGGUCCAGGAGUGGUCACUCAUGAUUGUUAAGUCUGUGGUGGUGGCAGUGCUGGUGGCUGGAGUUAUCCCCCUGCUGCUGGGUCUGCUCUUCCAGCUGGUCAUCGUGGCUCCGCUCAGAGUACAGCUGGAUCAAACACCCCUUUUCUACCCCUGGCAGGACUGGGCCCUGGGGGUUCUCCAUGCCAAAAUCAUCGCAGCCAUCACGCUGAUGGGGCCCCAGUGGUGGCUCAAGACAGUCAUCGAACAGGUGUAUGCCAAUGGUAUCCGCAACAUUGAUCUGCAUUUCAUAAUCCGUAAGCUGGCGGCUCCAGUCAUUUCAGUUCUGCUGCUCUCCCUCUCCGUGCCCUACGUGAUUGCCUUUGGGAUCACUCCCCUGCUCGGCGUGACUCCGGAGAUGUGUGUACUGGUGCAGAGGAGGAUCUACCCCUUCCUGCUCAUGGUGCUGGUGCUGCUUGGCAUCCUUACCUUCCAAAUUCGCCAGUUCAAACGCCUUUACGAGCACAUCAAAAACGACAAGUACCUUGUGGGACAGAGGCUGGUGAACUAUGAGAGGAACAACGCCAGUCGAGUCAGCGGCGCCAUGCCUGACUUCCCACCCCAAGAAUAGACAUGCAUGACAUGACAAGACGAUACCUCUCUCACCAUGAAAUUGUACAGCUAAUCUGCCAUUUUUAUUUUGGUUGUAUGUCGUGGCUGUCGUGUGUGGGUGUGUAAAUGUGCGUGUGCAAAAAACUAGUGUGUGUUUGUUGUCAUUGCCUUUGCGCAGCACGGACAACUGUACAUAUGUAAAUAACUGGCACACAGAUCAGUAGAGCGACCAUUGUACAUUUCUAAAAGAAAAAUGUAUGUAAAUUAAUUUAUUAAAGCAUAUUGUCACUA